AGAUUGGCAGUCACUAAGUAUGCAAUUCAGAGAGGGGUUCAGAUUGAAAAGUGUGUGAAUGAGCCAAAUAGAGUAAGGGUGAGAUGUUGCAAGGUAAAUUGCAAAUGGUUGUUAUAUGCAAGUUUGGACAAGAAGACUAAUAACUUUGUUAUUAAGACUUACAUGCCAGUCCAUUCAUGUCAAAAGGCUACUAGGAAUUAUUUGUGCAACUCUAGAUUCAUUGCUACUGUUUUUAAAAAGAAAGUUAUUGAACAACCAAAUAUCAGAGUGUUCAAGCUGCAAGAGUUAAUCCGUAAGAAGUAUAAUGUGCAUGUUGGUAAGACCACAACUAGAAGAGCAAGAGCUAAAAUUUUGAAUGAACUUAUGGGUGAUCAUGUUAAGGAAUUUGGGAGAAUUCUUGAUUAUAAGGAUGAGUUGCUGAGGACUAAUCCUGGGAGUACUUGUGUGGUGAAGCUAGGAGAAGCUAAUGAAUCUGGUAGGCCAGUAUUUGAGGCAUUUUACAUUUGUUUUGCUGCACUCAAGAUGGCAUUUAUGUCAGCUAGAAAAUGCAUUGGUCUGGAUGGUUGUUUCUUGAAGGGGGUUUGCAGGGGUCAAUUACUUAUUGCAGUGGCUAAAGAUGGCAAUAAUCAAAUGCUUCCACUUGCUUGGGCUGUAGUUGAAAAUGAGAACACAAUCACUUGGAGUUGGUUUAUUUCUCUGUUGAAAGAAGACUUGAGAUUAGGAGAUGGAACAAGUUUCACAAUUAUGCCAGACAUGCAAAAGGGACUGGAUAUAGCUAUAAAGGAGUUGUUGCCAGCUUGUGAGGAAAGAAGGUGUGCUAGGCAUAUACUAGCAAAUUUGUCAAAGAAUUGGAGAGGGCUGCAAAGGAAGAAGCAGUUCUGGAAGUGUGCUAGAAAUACUUUUGAAGUUGAAUUCAGAGAAAAUCUGCACGAGUUGUCUAAAUUAGGUACUGGAGGUACAUGUAUAGUGGAUGACCUAAUUUACUAUGAUAAAGAAUAUUGGUGUAAGGUGUAUAUUUAUUGUGAAGUCAAGUCUGAUGCAAUAGAUAAUAAUAUGUGUGAAAGCUUUAAUGCUUGA